GAGCGACGAAGAUCCCAACAAUAACCCCAACCCUUUUAUCGCAGACACGCCUCAUUCUUUCGAAGCAGCUGUUGCUUUUGUGCAAGUCCACCAGCAACCAGCCGGAUCGUUGGUGCUGGGUCCUGAUGAAUGCCAUGGUACGUCAUCAAAGAUGACAUACUAGCUAGUAGUUUGUGAGCAGGGUUGGGACAGCUUUCUACUUCUCCAGAGUAUACCGGUAGAAGACAGCACACUUCGUUGUUGCUUUUGAGUUACUGUAGUUGCAAUACGGAAUCAUGGCGACAUCUCAAGGAGUGCAUGUGAUAGUGGGUGGUCUGGGUGGCAUGGGACGAUGUCUGCAACAGCAAUUGCUGGCACAUGGCAAACAAGUGCGGGUCCUGGAUUUGGCCCCAUCGGCUCAAGCGGCUGCCAGUCGUCUGGUUCAUCCCACAUCGAUUGAGUAUGCCCACUGCGAUCUUUCUUCCAGCAAUUCUACUGAUAUGCUACACGACGCCUUGAAAAAUGCCGAAACCGUCUACUCACUGGUCACGCCCGAUGUAUUGAAUGGAUCUGCCGCUGCCAUGCGUCGCACCAACGUGGAAGGAGUCCAAACUCUGAUUACAGCGUGUCAAACGGUGGGAGUGCCCAAACUAGUCUAUGCGUCCUCCAUGGCAGUCACCAACCAGCUGUUCGACCACAAGGAAGAAAAUGAACAAGUGCCUCUGCCCGACUGGGACACCUACCAGUUGGCCUAUGACAGGACCAAACGACAAGGAGAAGAAUUGGUAUUACAGGCAAACAACAGUAAUAGCAAUUUGCAGACGUGUGCACUCCGUCUCGGUAGUGUCAUGGCCGGACAGGGAGAUUACACCACGCGACACAUCCUGGAACGACCCGGCCAAGUCAUUUCGAUCCCAUUUCCAAGAUUGAUUGACACCGUGUCGGCAAGAGAUUUGGCCGUAGCCUUUCGAUUGGCUUCGGACAAGAUGGAUGUCACGGAUAGUCCCGUCGGUGGGAAAGCCCUGUUUACCACCAAGAGCAAAAAUGAUCAAGCCGCCACAGUCCCUGGAACGAUUGAGUUGUUUGCCCAAGAGUUUGGCUGGAAACUUGUCAAAUUACCUACCUCUGUCGUGAUGGCCAUGGCUCAUGGAUAUCGAGCCAAGGAAACAGUCAAGGGGCUCUUCCGUGCCCCCGACGAAGAGUCCACCCCGGGAAUGCCCUUUGACUUGACCAUGGAAGCUUGCACCAAGGAAAUGACAUUUGACAAUUCAUUGGCCAAGGAAUUGUUGGGCUAUGAACCACAAGAAACAUGGGAAGAUGCUGUCAUUCGCAUUGCCAAAGAAUGCCGUGAAGCUUAUCCGGAUCUUUUCUCGUCGUAGCGACUGUUGGAGCCGGGCAGCAAGGACAAAACUGAGCGAUUACAUGUAGAUUGCGUAGUAAUUUCCUUCCAAUGAUCCGUGGAAAAUUUCUCAUUUUACCAUUACGAUAUUGUUUUUC